UGGGUAGGUCCUUCUAGGAAAACCCAUUUAAUACAAAUGAAUUGCUGCACCCAUGAUGAUGAAAUGAACCUCUUUGGGUCAGAAUUUUUGUAGAAUUAUACUGACUUAGACAGAAGUUUGUAUAAAUAUCAAGUUGGUAGUUUCAUUCGGAAGUGAUUUGGUGUUUAUAUCAAACUAUACUGGUAGCGAGACUCAUUUUGUAAAUCGAUAGCAUUUUGUCCGCUUCAAUGAAUAUGUCUGGACAAGUCAACUUAAUGCCGUCAUAUUUUUCCUUCGUUAACCAACCAAAUUACCAGGUAAGCUAAGCUGAAAUAUCGAAUACUGCUACUUUAACUUUGUCUUCUUUGCAUAUUUAUUCGCGUUUAUAAAUGUUCGGUUUUGUGAUGACUUAUCUUGGAGUGCAGGAUUACCAGCAUGCCUAUUAAUUAUUUUGUAUUAUGACGUUUGGGAAAUGCCCUUUUGUUGUUAAAUGUACAGAGGCAUCAGGCAAGAAAUCGAUUAGUUUAGCCCAAAUUUAUCCAAGCUUGACUUGUGCACGAGCUCGUUGAGAAUUACGUAUCUUUGCUGUUGUAAUUCAGAAUUGGGUUUCGAAACUUUAGGUUUUAAAUGUCAACAAAUAUUUCUAUACAUUUCGAACAACAGGGGGCGAAGAUUGAAGAUUAAAUUAUUGCUGGGGUCCGAUAAUUGCCACAAUGCUUUCAGGAUGCCUUGAAAAUACGAAGUAUUUCACAAUACGAAACCUCCUUGAUCUGGUAAAUAAUCACAUUAGAUUCAUCUUACAACAUAGCGUAUUUAGGAGAAGUUGAAUUAAAUCCUCAAUGCAGUUGCAUGCAAGAAUUAUACCGCCAGGGGGUAGAGUACUUGUUUGUAGUCGAUCGAAACAGCCUUUAUAAGCUGACAUUGUGACAAGGCUAGAACUAGAUUUAGCCAACAUGGUCAAUCAUACAGUACCAAUGCUAUACAGUAUGUUCAACUGCUAUUCAAUAGUGACAGGUAUGCGUAUUUAAUUACGACAAACUAUUGGUAACUAUUUAUAUAUUACUACAUAAUAGCCAUAAUAUUAUAAAGGCGAUUUAUUACAAUUAGACAAGAUUAUAUUUUCCUACAAAUUAAAAUAUAAUGAAUUUCCAACACUUGAGCUUAUUAUUGAUAUUCAAAUUUCAAGUCUUUCAAGUCAAGCGUAUCGUCUCAAGAAUUCUGUUUAUAUUAUAUUGCUAUAUGGACGUGCUACUGUAGUUUGUAUGCAGUAUUGCUUACUAAAUAUAUUUAUAUAAGACGGCUCUGUGCAAUAGUUAGUAAAUCUAAAAUCUGGUUAAACUAAAGGUAGUUCAAAUGGUAUUUCAAACGUGCUGGUUUAGCGUAGCUGGUAUUGCCGUGGGUUUUGUCUGAAUUGUGAAUGAAUCCGUUUGCUAGCCGAUACUACAUGAAAUAAAAUAGGAUAUUUCGAAUCUAUUGCAUUGAUGAUCUGACGAUGAAUUUGCAAUAACUUCGAGAUAGCGCUGUUGAAUAUUGAGCCUUCUUGCUCCACGUAAAUAUUAAGUUUUAAGACGGAACUUCUAUUGCGUUUCCUAUUUUAUGCAAAGCACAGUUCCGACGUGAGACGCUUGUUAAAGCUAUCACUAAAUGCCUAAGGAAGGUAUUUGCUCGAAUGUCGUCGAAGUGUUUUCAUCUUUUCCAUGUAGAGGCAAGAGGCAUUAACGACACGUUAUAACAUGUCUGAACUCUGCGGCUUUUGGCCUUUGAACGUGCGUAAGCGGGUCGCUGAUAUCUGUUAUUGUCAUUUGAUGCUAAUAUUUAAAACCAUGCUAAUUUCACUGCGGGGUACCAUGAUUUGCUUUCUAAAUAUAUCCAUGUGUUUGCUUUCAAAAUCUGAGUGAACAGUAUGGUGUUGCAGAAACUAAACUGUUGGGCUUUACUGGCGAGACAUAUUUCUGAGCUGCUGCAGGUUUUUAUCGAUAAUCUGGAUUUCAACCAACUAGCGUGUAUAAAAAACGAGAGCUUUAGAAAUGAACCUUAUUGUUAGAAUUUGAAUGCUAUAAGAUUACGUUGAGCGCAAGAGUGCAGAAACACAAUUGAAUUGAAUUCUUAAUUACCAGGAGCGAAAUAAAUUUUGCUUAACAACAAUACGUUUAUUUGUAAAGGUCUCUUUUUUAUGAUACACUCUGUAGAACACGAAAUUUGGGGUGAUUGGAAACAAGCGUUGGUGCUACUGAAAGAAUAUUAAAUCAACGUAACCUCGUCUUCUGAGUUGACUGUGGAAAUAAACCCGCUGUUACAUGCCUCUAUAUUUUCUCAUCGUAAAGACAAAACUUGUAUAUAUUUUCAGUCCAGCCCAUUGUCCAGUCCCAUACUUGGCGGCUUUAUGACAAUGAGGCUGAUUUCUUGCAUGCACGACACUAGUACUGAGGACACUCCUCGCUCGGUUGUACACCCAUAUGGUCACGCCCAAACUCUCGAUUUCGGUUGUGACUUAUUAGUCUUAAAUGAUGUCCUCAAUAAUUGAAAGAUUUGGUAGUUCCCGCCAUCAGACAAUGCCACUAGAACUACAAUCUUGGACAUGACACUUUGAGACAAUUUCAGGCAAUAUUGAAAAGUUAGUGCACGUUGGACAAACAAGCUUCGUCACCCCUUCUCCCCUAAUUCGAUGUUGCAAACAGCGCCAGAAGGUCUUUUCAUAAUUUAACACGAGCGCAGCAUGAUUUUAAAUGAAAUUUAUCAUAAAGGGUACCGUAUAUAAGCCCCUCCAUGUACAGUAUAUAAGGGUAAAUUAUUUGGACAGGCAGGAAUUUACAGCAUUAACGCAGCGUUGGGAUCGAUUCCAACAGCUCAGACAAGUGACGAUAAUUAUAAUAUGUUAACAACUUGUUUUAUUACGUUUUAUAUACUGUAUAUUUAGUAUUUCUUUUCGUUCAUGAUAGGUUUACAGGUACAAUCAAUAUUAUUACUAACACCAAAUAUCUUCCGUACAUAAGCACCCCGUAUAUAUGUUUACAAACGCACAUAAGGGCAGGGCUUAUAUUCGGAGGUUUACAGAAAGCAAAUUACGUAUGGAGGGGACGGUAAUCUUGGCCAGUUAUGUCAGUAGCGUAACUCAUAUGGGCGCCGCCUACCUCAAAUCAAUUCGGGAGGCCCUGAACAAGGAUAAGAAAGUGGCGAAAUUGACGGGUUUUUUUAGCAAAUCCCCCCCCCCCCAACCCCUCCAAUACAUUGUCGCCACCGUAAAUGGGCAGGAACGGCGGGAGGGGAACUAUAUGGGUUAAAGCCGGGGGUCCGUCAACCCAAAGUUACGACACUAAGUUAUGUCGAAGAUUGUAGCUGUUCCAUGCACACACGGCGAGAUUCUGCGUUCAAUCACGUCAGAUGACGUGGUCCUCAGCGUAAAGCAAAUAGCAAUGGCUAGCACGUACAAUAUUUUAGACCCACGUUCUACUUUGGUCACGUUCAGUUUAAUUACUCCAGACAAACAAAGGAUGAAAGAAAAAUAAAAAUAUUAAUAUGAAAUAUGUUGUCAAUGUUCCGCUAAUAACCAUGUUUACACUGUAGUCAUGACAAAGUUGAACGAAGUUCAGCCAAGGUGAUAUGUAGGCUCAUGGGACGACGAUCGUAGGUUUGGUGAAGAUUUAUUUGCACUAGCACUAUUAAAUAAUGUCGACCACAGCCAUGUCUAGGCCAAGCUGGCUUAAAUUAUUAACAUGGCUUAUGUGCAUUGCUGCAUAUAUUAAUAUUUUUUAUUGUCUAGUUAUUUGUUAAUCCUUUGCUCUAUUCUUGACAUUACAUGACAUGGAAUUCUAGGUAUAUUUCUGUUCGUAAUUUCUAGGUUUUUGCUUUCUCUAAAACGUUGUAAAGGAUAGAUGGAAAAAAGAAUAAAGAAUAAAAUCAAACGAUAAAUAUAAAAUGCAUACGUUAGCAACUGGAAGAAAAAGUAAAUGGAAUGUGAAAGCUCACAAAAACACGCACAGCUGCACAUUGAAUUUCAAUAAUCACUACACAGUAUGCAUGCACAAACAGAUAUCGCUUAAUAAUUCUCGUAUUUGGCUGUCACGUUUCUGAUAGGUAAUUAAUUGAUACAAUCUCUAGCUUCGCAUUCCAGGAAUGUGAAAUUGAGUCUAAGAAUUCAGUCAAGGUCAAGCUUGGUAGGAUAUAAGGUUUCAAAUAUCUAAGGAAUUCAUAAAGCGACCCAAACCUGCUUAGUUUUAUUAUCGUAGUUGCCGCAGCAACUGCAGUACAAAAGUUUUGUUAGAUCGUCUGUUGAACUAUUUUACAUUCACGGUACUGUCGGUAUAUACGUCAUACGAAGCGACAUAUAGGAACUCUUUGUAAGCCUUGAUUUUUUUUGCUGCCGGGUUUUCCCUCUUAUAAGAAUACGACACAGAGGUAUGUUCAGACAUGUGUCUUUCAAUAAAUGAUGGAACUGCAUGACAUGAUGACUGACAAUAUCGUAAUUAUAUAUGUUGUGUAUGACAGUUGACUAAAAGCGGGUUGAUUUUGCUUGGCAUGUUCAGAUAGUUUCGUAGUACUCUAAGCUUAGCGAGAGCUCUUGCUGCUCGGAGACGCUCAGUAUAGGUCUAUAUAUAACACCAUUUGUAUUCUGUGGCCCUGUUGUUCCUUGUUCAAAGCUGGAUUUGCUUUAAACCUGGGUUAAUAUUUAAAGGACAAUGGCAACGAAAAUUUUUAUUGGCUAUUUCAAUCGUAGGCCUAUAUAUAUGACCAACUAACUAUGAAAAUAUUAUCAUUUCCUUCUCGAACAUUUUAGUCUAAGAGUAAAAUGCAUGCAAACUUUGUGAUUCGGCCAGUUUUGCCGCCAUCUUGGACAACAUUUUUGAAAAAUUAUCUCGAAGGUCAAUGAACGUUGUGACGUCAUUGGAUGGGUAGCACCAAAACUACAAGAGAGAAUUCUAUUGCGUGCGUGUUAUGUUAGCUAAAAUAUGUCGUUUUGAGCAUUAUGCUGGCCAACACUCUUCGCAAUCAAACAAGAGAAGUCUACGCUAUCAGAUAAAAACAUAUCGAGCGACUGGGAAAGCAAGGAAUGGCGCAAUUGACAAUACAGCAAUUGAUUAUAAAAUAUUGCAUUAGUAUUUACCUUGUUACGUCGAAUUUCUGCGUUUAUUUGAUACAGGGUCAGAUAUAUACCAUGAGAAAUAGUGUUACAAACUAGUCACAUACUUGGUAAAACUUUGCUGCCUUUUGUUUUGGCUCAAAGUGCACUACGCGUGGCAAUAUUCCGUAUAUUCGGUACUGUUUAUAGUCAUGAAAUUGUGUUUACCCAGCCAAUGACGUCAGAUAAUGUAUUUGUGGCAUAAAUUAGCAUACGCGCUUAUUUUGCAAAAUGGCGGACACAUGUUGAACUUUGUAUCAAAUUUUCUCAACAACUAAACGCGACAAACCGGUCAAAAUAUGAAAUUGAAUAUUCCGUGAGUAUACCUAACAGAUAUAAAUAAUAAAAAUUUUGGUUGCUUCUGCGCAUCUGAUUAUUUCAAAACGGCAGAGAAGAAAACUCUUACUAAUCCAGACACUGUUUCUGAAGAAUUAUUUCCAAAUUUAUUAACAAGCUGUCGUCAAGAAGUUUGCUUUGAAUUUUAGGUUAACCGAGGGUUAGCUAAUCGGCACUCGAACAACCGCUGAUGUAUAUGUAAAUCAUUUCAAAAUCAGAAUGACAGUAAUUUUCACCCUCAACAAUCCUUCAACUGUAACUACUAUAAUUAAGCUAUAUAUUGAUCACAGGAAUCAUAUCUGCAUUUGGAUUUCUAAAUGGUCUAAAAUAUUAAUAAAGAAUUGCCAUGAUAGAAACAAAAUAAAGAACAUGUCGGAAAUGACAAAAGAUCUAUUUUCCCUGUAUAGGAAUAUAUCGUUAGCGGUUUUCUAUGGGAUAGACAAUUUUUUUCUGUACGCUGGAAUAUGUUCUUCUUUUCUGUGUGAGAACGUCAGUAUCCUGUUAUUCAAUAUCUUCUAAGUAUGGUCAUCAUUAAAGGUGAUCUACAGUCCGUAUGUAAACAAAGCCUUUGUUUACUAAUUUUUGUGUCCAAAAUAUUGAGCUUUAUUCGACAACUAUUUAUAUUUUCAAGCUUCUAGAGUAUAAUAAAAGAUCAAGAAACAACAAUCAGGCUUUUCAAGAACUCAAAACAUGGUUAAACUGUUUGUAUCAUAAAAAGUGGGCUCAUUUGUGCACAUGCGCAGAUCGGACUGUAGAUCACCUUUAACAAAGUACAAUUACUGUCUAAGUAUAAUUGUUAAUAGUUACAUAGUUACCUGAAUAUUUAAUAAUAACGUUUCUCGAUCACCUCUUUGUUUUCAACAUAGUUAUUCACAUUAUUAUUUUUAAAGCAUUUUCAGGAAACUAUUUCAAAUAUUACACAAAGUGAUAGAUCAUUGUUAUUCUGCAUUUAACAUCGCAGUCCAGUGCGAUGCACCAACUCAAAAGUAAACAAAAAAUGCAAUAAAAAUUGUUUCCCAGUGUCAGAUUAUUUUUUAAUUCAUUUUCGUUUUUUCAGAUACUCUUGAAAUAAAUUGAAGCACGUACUUGUAUAAGACAGGUUUUUUUUUGCGUUUCCCUGAUUUCCACAUUUUUCGGAAGAAAACCUGCAAAACAAAUCAUUUUAGGAUACUUUGCAAAACAAGCCAUGUUUUGUUUACAAAGGUUUUAAAGGUGAAAAUGUCUUAAAAGAGUUUUCGGGAAUUAAUAUAGUAGCUUUUAAUCGCUAGAGGGUAAAUCUUAUUUCUAUAUUGUACGUCUAUGAAUGAUGAAUAAUAAAAUGUACCACUAAAUAUGCAUCUAACUUAGCGAAGAUAUUUGCUGGUUUUACUCUGUGUAAUUAGUUUAUUAGGUGAAUAAUUCUGUACUAAAUAGCAAUGGUGGGAUGGAAAUUAAAUAUUCUUAUUCAUGCAUGUCGAGUAAAAAGAAAUUUUGCAGCUGAAAUUUUUUUCUAGAGUGGGCAUUAAUGCAGUGGUGGUAAGAAUGAAAAAAUGAUUAUAUAGUACUGGGUCAUAUCUUAAGUGGGAACAUAUCCGCGGCAAGGCUUGAAAAUUUACAUUUCUAAGGAAUCCCGCCUUUCUAAUUUGGUCUAGUUCCUCAUAUGUAGGAAGUAUUCUUAUUAGAACAAUAAUCACAUCUCAAGCACCAUUUCCGGCAUAUAACAAUGAACAAUACCACACCUCACGUUUAUCAACGCAUUCAUUACAUACGUCCACAUGCAGCCUCAUAGAGUGAGAACACUUUCGCAACUAAAUAUGACAGGCAGUGCGGCGCUAGCCAUGGCAACUGGUUAUGCCAUGCGAAUGAAUCUGUAACAAAUGAGUUGAAAGACAAUCGUUUUCUAUAGGUAUGAAUAAUACAAUAAUUUACAAAUUUGCAUAUAACAAAUUUUCUGUGGUUAGCGUCGCCACUGAUUGACAGAUCAAAUACUUUAGGAAAAUGUAUCGACUAUUCCCCAACAAUAAGUAAGUAAAGAUGUACGUAAGUAAGUAAGUGAACUUUAUUUAACCACAUAGUCUUGUAGACAAUCGCCAACAACUUUGUAUCUAUUUUAAGGAAGCUAAAAUUAAUACACUAAAGUCAUAUGUGAAUUGCGCAUGUCUCCGAAGAAACAUUUUGAACAAUAUUGGAAGAAUCAAAUGUAACAAUAUGUGACGUUUCAUAACUAAAUAGUUUUCCCUGCUUAUGACUGAACUAAAUGAUCAAUUUUAGGUAGUUCUUAGUUGUAAAUAUAAAGUUAUUCUUUUGGUACAACCUUAUAUAUAAUAUAGUUUACAUGAUGUUUCAUAUGUUUCACAUCAUGCUAAUAAUGUUUCAAAAUUAUAAAUGUAGUUCUUUGCCUUUGGAGGUUCAGUCAGUUCCAUAGUACGCGGUUCCAAUCAAUAUUUAUAUGCUGUUGAGUGUCCAAAAUUAGUUUUAUUAAUAUAGGUUUUUGAACACCACUAUAAUAUUUUGUUUAAAACGUAUUCAUGACGCAUUAAAUGAAAUUUUGGAUUCACAUUUCUAUUACUUUAGAAAGCACGAAACGUUUCAGAUAAUCUAUAAUUCGCCAAGAACGACAGGAGAUUUGAGUCAAGAUUAAUUGUAAGAAUCUAAGGACCUGACGUUUUUCAGAAUUUCGACGAUUUCGCUAGAAAGGCCUUGAAAAGUUGAAACUCUCUUUAUAAUUUGAUGUAUAGUUGGAUCUUUCGACCAACUACAUUGUUAUGACAGCUACCUUAACUGGAACAAACUGCUUAAGAAAGCAAAUUCACGUCGCCUUUGUCUUAGAGUAAAGUUGAUGAGCUAAUUCUCGUUGCCGUUGUAUUCCCCAAACCCUCUAUAUUCAUUUCAACUUUCAACGUAACAGGAAGAUGAUUUUGAUGCAAAGAUAUUGAAAGCUGUGAAGAAAGAAAUGUCAACAGACAGUGAACUGACGCCCAGUGCUCCUCCUAUUGUGGCGACAACACUCACUCUUGACACAAUACAGGAUGUUCUCACAAUACAGGAUGUUCUACAUACCCAGGGAUAUAACAUUGAAGGUGCGUGAUCAUUGUUGUGUGAUUUACACACGUAAAAAUCUCACAACUUGUCAACAAGAUGUGUUUGCAACAGGCUUAUAGCAAGCUUGUCAACAAGUUGUAACAACGCUGUUAUCCUAUAAAGUUUCUGUAUAAGGUUGUCACUCAGAACUUGUUGACUAACUUAUGAACUGAAGGACAAUAACAAAGUUGCUCGAAAUACUUAUAAGACAAGUCUGUUGAGCUCAUCAAGUUUGUAGCAAGUUGACAAGUUGUUGGAAAAGUAUUGCUGGAAGCCUACUGAAGGUUUGUUACUUACACUACAGUAUAGAAAAAAACUGAAAUCCAUACUACGAAAUUUGCAAUUGCACCACAAAAUCCAUAGUAUAUCCAUACUAUUUUCAUACUGUAUCGAUAUUAUGAAAAUAUACAAUUAUUAUGGAUAAUUCUAUUUCCAAUAAAGGUCCAUACAAUUUCCAUUCUAUGACCUAUGGAUUUUCAAUUUUUUUUCCAUUGUUAUAUCAUUUGUAUAUGUUUAAUUCCCCUUGCGGCGCCUUCCCGGACGAAAGUCUUGGGCUACAAGUCACGGAUAUAUUUUAUUAACUUUACUAACGUCGAAAUAUGGCUUCAACUGUAAAUAGUAAAUUAUACUACGCUCAAUUUUUGGUACGGCACGGAUAAAAUUGGUACCAGUACCACUUUAUAGAUAGUCCAAGAACCAAAAAAGUGGUUCGGUACAAAAAUUGAGCGUAGUGUAAACGGAGCUUAUGUUACGCGAUCUAACCGCAACUGAGCUACGCAGGUCAGUUGUCGAGCUUUCACCAUAAGUUCAUGUGUAUAUACUAGGGGACUGCCAUGUUAGGUUAUGAGUAAAUAUCAAGAUUUUUUAUGGCAUCUCAGAAUAUUAGUUGAAGGGUGUUGUAAAUAGAAACUAUCGAGUGUAAAUUUAUAUACAUUCAUUAGAUCUAACCAUGCAGGCCGAGCUGUAAAAAAUGUCUGUUUGGCAUCAGACAGAGUAAAGUAGAGACCACUAAAGACCAAAUGAUCUGGUAUCUUGCACUUCACUUGGUGCACUUGACCAAGAACGACCGCAAAAAAUUCAGCACAAGGUCCUCCGGUAGGAAUUGAACCUACGGCCCUGCGAUUCCGGUGCAGCGCUCUAACCAACUGAGCUACAGAGGCCAGCUGUUGAGCGGUAUUACAAACUGGGAUUGCAAACCCUAACAACAGCAUUCUAAUAUAUUAACACCACCAAGUAAGUGAAGUGCAAGAAACCAGAUCAUUGAAGUCCACCUUAUCACAACACGCACACCCGAUCACCAAAAUAUUGAUGAACUUACGGUUACAGCUCAACAGCUGGCCCCUGUAGCUCAGUUGGUUAGAGCGCUGCACCGGAAUCUCAGGGCCGUAGGUUCAAUUCCUACACAAUGUAAAGCCAGUCUAUAUGAAGCUUUAGAUUUUGCUAAGAGUUACAAAACAUUUGAACUUAAGGCCUAAUCUAGUACAGAGAUGUGAUAAGUCUUAAAUUUUGCACUUCAAAAACCACAAACUACCGAUCUUAGGAACCUUGAGCAUGCAAGAAGGACGCAAAUGCGUUAGUAUGACGACAAUCGUGAUAUUGUAGAAAAGAAAUUAUUUAUCAAAAUCUCAUAAAAGUAUUGAUGUUGUCUUCGCCGAGUUCGCUCUGUUUACAGCGGCAAAUCAUAGAUUAUCACGUCUUGUGUAACAACGGCGAUAUUUCAAGCUCGGACAACGGUUAUUUCAACUUUAAGCAUAGAACUCUUCCCAACCAAAAAUCCUUGUCUUAACCUCGAUCCUUAAUAAAUUGUAUUAAUUUCAUAUCAUGGAUAAUAGACGAAAGGUUUCCUUUACAAUCAUUUAGUUCGGCAAGUUUGCUUGCAGCGGUAGCGUUAAAAUAUGCUUAAGCUAAGCUAUAAGCUAAUCACUAAAAAGGAGGGAGGAGGAUGGAAGAGGGGAAGGGGGAAGGGAGGAGGAGGGAGGUGGAGGGAGGGAGGGGGAGGGAGGAGGAUGAGUAAUUUGACAAUUCAUUGAUACGGUAAUUACAACAGGUCGGGUGCAUGAAUGUAUUAUUGAACGGCGGAAAAAAGAAGACAAAAUAUUCCCAACUGAAUGAGCACUUUUCAGGCAUAGCCAUGCUGACAUUGCCUGUAAUGAAGUUUUGUCUACUAAUUGUAGCAUUAAUAGAACAUGUAUGCAUGUGUGAAACAUUCACACGUCGCUUUGUGUGUGGGGGGAAGGGGGGCGGGGGGGGGGGAGAUAUACGAUCCCUGCGUGUCACUUAUUUACAUCCAAUAAGAAAUACGUUAAUGUCUUGGACAUUGUUACCUGGAGGGUGUUUUUUAUUCUUCUACCUGACAUCUCGCGAUUUAAAUAGAAACUUCCCAAAAGUUUGCAUUAAAAUUUGAGUGCGCAUGAAACUAUAGCUCGAGACGGACAAUGUAAUCCAAGUACAUGGUUUUGAUUGCCAGCCAGCAAAUUCUGGAAGUGUCUAUACUGUACACAAAAACAGGAAGGGCUGGUAUUGAUAAGCCAGGUAAAAAUAUCGCCAUAUCGAAACAAAGCUGACCAUGGCAUUUGAUUCAAAUAAUCAUCUCUAGAACAAUAUCCAAAUGAAUAGAACGGAAAUAACAGGGACGUAGAAAGCAGGAAUGACAGAGCAUUCCACCUGCCCAAUAUUUUAUAAAAGGGGUAGUCGGUAGGGCGGAAUAGCUUUCGUCUUCUCUCCCCCCACCCCCAACGCACACAAAAUAAUGAAAUUUAAAACAUAAAAUGGGUCGGUUCCUACUAAUAUGAACAGGCUUGGUCACUAGUUGUUUAAAACAACAAGAAAUAAUAAACUAUAGAAAUCAUAUUUCUGAAUAAUCGGUCAUUAACACUGAUCACUUUUGUUUCAGAAAACCAAUCGCAAAACGUGUUCAUAUUAGGUAGGUACAGAAAAGAAUUGCACGUAUAGCAUUGAUUUAUAAAAUCAUAACGUAGGAAUUAAUGAAACGGCCUAAUUAAAGAGUUAGAGAAAUUUUUAUGAAUGCCAUUUCCGACUACCUAGGGAUUCUAAAUUUUCCCGCUCGGCUCCAACCAUCUUGGAGAAGUUAACGAAACUCCCUACAACCAUGAAAUGAUAAUCCUAGGAAAGGCCAUGCAUACCAAAUAGAAAAUACUUUUGAUUAUAUGAGUGGAGCUGGUCAACGUACCUUCCUACGGGAGAAGGCGUUGUUUAUUCGCCCAAUAUCUCUUGCUAAAGUUGUGUUGUAAGCUUCACAUCGAUAAGAUCUUUGUAGUAAGCCAAGUUUAAAUAUCAAUAUAUAUAUUGGUUUUAAACUUGGUUUUACGAGAUCAUUCGACUCCAAUAUUUUGCUCUGUUGAUUAAUAAAAAAUGUGCCUCAACAUCACUCUAACCAUACUUCAUCUUAUUUCAGCGUCAGGAGAUGAAUCACAAUGUGGCCCUUUUGAAGGUAGGAAAUAUAUUUUUCAAGAUGUGAUAACUCAUCGAUAUAAUGUUACGAUCUGAAUAUUACGAGUGUUUGUCAUACUGUAUUCAUUGUAAUUCAAGCGUACCCAAGCAGCCUGCAGCAAAAGUGAUUGAUCUCUUUCCGUUAUCAAGCGCAAUUUCCUUUCUUUUACGUAUCUUUCCUAUUUUAAUAUAUUCGUUUUCUUGUAUGAGAGGAAAUGUAAGCUUUUAUGAAGCAGUAUGUCAUCUUGUAGGAAUACAUGCAUCUACCAAUUCCGGCGUUAAAAUUGAUGGAUGUCUUGCGAGAAGGAGAUUACUACUAGUAAUAUCCAACGUUCACUAGUUCGGCUCGAUUUAAAAAAAAAGUUUGGUAAAAAAUACCGUCAUGCAGCUGUCUGCAGCUGUCGGUAUAGCGGUAUGCAGCUGUUGGUGCGGUAUUUGGGAUUUGCGAUUACGAUUAACAUUUCUACAGCGCAAAUGUACAUGUGGAUAUGAUCAAAUGCGCUUUACAUCAAGUAUUACGCUUACCUAAAUGACUUACUUAACCUAGACUAUUUUAUCUUUACAACAAUUGUGAUAUUACUUUCUUAAUUGUGUUUAUCCCAACCGGGUAGAAUCCGGGACCACCCGGAGAAAACCCACGACUUUCGGCAGAGCGUUGACUGUCUCCUUGCGAGAACCCAUGAACUCAGAGGUGAAAGGAUCUUGCUAUGACUGCUGCCUCACCUAAACUACACAAUUACAAUGAUAUGCAAGCAUAAAGAAGCAAUAUGGUUCGCUAUUUGGUAAUUUUAAGACAAUUGUUUUAAAGAAUUGACAACAUCCCUUCUAGGACAUUGUUGAAUCAGAAUUUUUAUUUCUUCUUUAGACACUCGAUUUGACAAAGUGGUUGAUGUCCAAACCAAUGGUGGUAAGAUAGCCACGCAUCAAUUUUAUCACAUACCAAGUGUCAAAUUUCAUGUUUUCAUAACCUCUGUGAAUAUUUGAAUGGCGAUAAUACAAUAUAUGUUUUGGUUUGUCGAAAACACUACGUAGUUGUUGCAAAACUUUCGAUCCGUAAGCGCGGAUCUUCAUGAGUACAUAAGCACAAUAUUCCUUUUUAUACACGCUCACUCCAAAGCAUAUUUUGUAUUAUAUUUGCGCAAGCAUUUGCCAUUUGGCGUUAUCUGCCUUUAAAGUUUAACCUCGACGACUUUUGAUUGGAGGAUGUUCAUUUAUAUUUUACAGAUGGCUUGAUCAGUGAAGAAGAUGAAAUUAAUUUCAUGAAUAUAUCAGGUACUAUGUUAUCUAAAUAGUCUUUAUCGCACGACAUGUGACCAGUCUUUGUUCGCUAUUUUUUGGGUGGCAAACUGCACAAUUUAGAGAAUAAAAUUGAAACGCACCACGAUGGUUUGUAUAUCCUAUUUCCUUCACUAAAUCACUUGUUAUCUCAGUAGUAGGCUAUGACCGUUGGCGUAUAUGUGUCGUCAAAAAAGGCUUGCUUCUAUGCUUAAGCUUUCUAAUAAUGAGCUCCAUAUUGACUAAUAAGUUCUUAGAAUCUGACUUGCUUGAUUAAGCUCUCUAUUAGCGAACUAAUUAGCUCUCUAAUUAGCUCUCUAAAUACCUCUCUAGAAACGUCGCUCGCUAAAGCUCUCCAAUAGCGGACAAGGCCUGGUCGCAUAAGAAAGGCUAAUUCUACCAACUCAUGAACUGAGUGCGACACCUUUAUCUGAAUCCGGAUCUGGACAUGAGCUUAUAGUUUCUUAGCUUCCUAAUACUGGGUACGGCUGCAACUUUUGUUGAACCCAGCAUUGGGUCUUUCUUUUAAUACUAAAGCCCAGGUCACACUACACAACGAUAACGAUACGAUAACUUGUAUACGCGCGCUGAUUGGUCAAAAAUUUAUCGUUAUCGUCCGACUGAAAAAAAAAUCGCUCAGGUGAGCGAUUUUAAAAUCGUUAUCGUUAUCGUCUAACGAUAAUUUUAUCAUUUUCGUUGUUGUGUGGACACUAACACAAUUUUUUUGACGAUUAUCGCGUGUUUACAAUUUAUCGUAUGGUUAUCGUUGUGUAGUGUGACCGGGCCUUAAGCCACUUGGACAAGUGAAGGAAAGACAUUAUAUAUAAACCAUUGCACAAAAUUACCAAACAACCACGAUGAAAAUUUUAGUUUUACAUUUUCACAGCUGCUAUAACUGACUUCAGCGACUACAUGAUUGAGUAGUCCAAUUUUCAUGUAAUGUCCUCGAGAUCUAUUCUCUGACAACUAUUCCUCCGUGUGAACUGUUCCAAUUCAAUAAUUCCACAUCAGGCAGCUUACUUAUAGUUAUAUACAGUAGCUGCUAUUCCUUUUAAUUUGUUAUAAACGACACAAACUGUUUAGUUCCUCAACGUUGUAGGAAAUGUUGAUGUUGAGAUCUUUGCGCUUUUGGAUAUAAAAUUUUAAACUCGUUCCUUGUAGCAGGCGUCAAUUUGACCAAUUAAAACUUGUAGUAGGCGUGGAUUUGACCAAUUUGACUUGCAUUAAUACUUGUCCUAGGCAAUCUUUAAACAUCAGACAACAUGAAACAUCGUCGGUUUUAGCCUUUAUUGGCCAGCGAAUAAAAUCCAGAGUUAAUUGCCUUGUUGGAGUUGUAUUGUACUCUAUUAUUCCCUUGUAGUUGUUGCAGAUUUUGGUCUAUUUUCGUAUUUACCCGCAAUAAUUGGCUUACUCUGAUACCCGCGUGCAUGCGUUGACUAUGCCAUGCAUUUAGGAUCUAGAUUAUAACCACACAAUACAUUGAUUUCAUUUUUAUCAUUUCCUGUUAUGGCAGAAGAUGUCUGAAAUGGAGGUCGUAAACCUAAAUAAUUAUGUCCGACAAAUGUUUCGAAUCGUUGCAUUGAUUCAUAGUCUUUCAAAGCAUGGUUUGGCAUGGAAACUUCGCUAAAGUCUUUGUUCCAUCUUUUUGUUCGCGUUUAUGCAGUUUUGUGCACGGUGAUGAACACAUUGUGUUUCAGUAUAAUGAACGAAUCAUCCAAUAGCAACGUUUUAGUACAGUCUAUGCUAUUUAAAUAUUAAUAAGCCUAAAACAAAGAAUGUGCAUGGUGUAAGGUACUGCUCAACAUAAACUCCCAUUUCAUUAUAACCGCUUUGAAGUUUACUGAGUUUCCAGACCAUGUCUCGGAAGACUAUAUAUGAUCAAUUUUAUCUAAAUUAAACAAUAUGGGGAAUUGCAAUGCGACGGGACAUCAUCACGCAAGAACAGUUAUUGAAAAUACUAGAAAGUUAUGGAUUGAGAGAGACUACCUGAAAAAUACAAGUAAAAGUUCGACAUUUCUAGACAAAGGCAACCAACGUCCGAACGAAGGACCUUCGCUGGAAACGUUAACAUUUUACUUGUAUUUGAAGGUAGUGGGUAGGUUGAAUUUCUCUCAAGCUGCAGCUUUCUGGUGUUCUUCAUUUAGUAAGAAGAUUAAGCAAGCGAUGUUUUUGUCAAUACGGACGUCAGAUUGCUGAGGGGGAGGUCGGAUUAUAAACUGUGUUUGUGUCAGUUUGUGGCAAUAAUCAACACAUAUGACAAAACAUAAGAUUUUUAAAGUUUUUUGCUUCCUUGCAUGAGCGCAGAUUAAAAUACCGCCGGAAUUAGUCAUACCAAUUUUCGGGUGACGUUCGCGUGUUGACAAAAACGUUGCUUGCGUAAGCUCAGUAAUAUCACUAUAAUGACUAUAUGCCUACGCUGGUACAGAACGUUUGUAUUGAAAAUAUCAAUCUUGAUUUAGAUUUUGGUGUCAGUUCAGAUCCGUCCUCGCUUGAUAUUGAUUUGUUGAACUAUGACUCAGGGAUUGAAGCAGAGAUUGAGGAAAAUAAAGGUCUGAAAUUUAUUCAAUAAACCUUAUGCAUAAUGACGUCACAAGGCUUGAUGCCCGCGAGGAAUGCUGGUCUUAGUAGUCAUCGCCUUGUAACUAAUUUCGAUACUGGCCAUUUUGAAUUGUUUAAUUUCCCCGAGCGAUGACUACUAAGACCAGCAUUCCUCCCGGACUUCAAGCCUUGUUACGUCAUUAUGCGUAAGUACGAGUAUUUCUCGCAACGGAAAUGCAACAUUUUAAAUUUCAUUACGUUACCGGCGAAAGAGAGGUGGCAACACGUUUUAAAAAUCAAGGAUAUAAUGCCUAUAUGGUCAUGAUUUUGUGUCAAAAUUUAGCGAUUUUAAUUCCUGACAAAAGUUUAAAAAUUAGCUUUCUGUGAAGUGUGCAAAGAAACUAAGAUCAUCGACCACUCCCACAAACGUCUAUGACCGCAACUACAUAUUUUUGCAUGUUUACAAUUCUAAUUUUGAACAGCCAAUCCUGUUCUUGGUAACAAUUACAAUUAAACGGCGAUUGGCUGUUUAAAAUUAGAAUUGUAAACAUGCAAAAAUAUGUAGGUGCGGUCGUAGACGUUUGUGGGAGUGGUCGAUAUACGAAUUUUGAUGCGAUUCCACAGUUCGGUGACUUUCGUAAUUUAUCAGCUAAAAUUGUUUAUGCCUCUUUCUAAAACAGAUGUUUGAGCUAUUAUUAUAUUUGUAAAAAGCCUUUGUUUUACGCACGGAAUAUAGGAUUCGCAGUUUUGAUAACGUGUCUACGUAUUUAUUAAGCACUUUAAGGCACGCACGUGUGUAUUUAUUAAUGGUUAUUAAAUGUAAGCGACGCGCUCUGAAAUUCCAGACUUGUCUGAAAAUAUGUAUAUAUAGGCUUGUCUAGAUUAAUAGAAAAUUUAAUUUUCCUUGGGCAAUAUGAUAUGUUUAUCAUUAUGUCAUUUUAGCUCGAUCCCCAGGAAGACGUUCUAAGACGAAGCAGAAACGCCGCGUAAACCGUAAGUAUUUCAUUAAAUAUCUAACCAUGAUUGAAUGGCACGAAAGGAAACACUAUGUUUCUGGAUCUGAGACUGUAAACAAAAGCACCGCUCAAUGCUGUUGAGACUUUCACGUGAUAUACGCUUUCGUCUAUAAUAAGAUAAUAGCUAUAUGCAAGAAAGCAUUGACUUUGGUCAACAUGAUGAAACGCACAAGUUGUUACGGCCGUGUCGCACUAUUGCGUGUCGUACUGGCGUAUGCCAGCGUAUGGAAAAUAUCACUCAUACGCUGGUAUACGCUGACAUACGCUGGCAUACGCUGGUAUACGCUGGCAUACGCUGGUAUACGCUGGCAUACGCUGGUAUACGCUGGCAUACUCUUGGGGUACGUUAGGCAUAGGUUGUAUGCGCUUCAAGCACGGUGCAUAGAUACGCGGUGGCAUACGCAUGGAUACGGCGAGGCAGAAUUUCUUUGAAGCAUGCUUAAACAUUUUGCUCUUUGUGCGUAUGCGGAGGUAUUGCUUACACGCUAUACGUUUGAAUUCUCUCGUACACAAUAGUGUGACACGGACUUUACAAGUCUGGAAACAUGUUGUUACAAAUCUAUUCACAAGCUGUCAACUAGUUGUGUUCGCACUGCUUGUUUCCAGUUGUUGUUGGCAUCAUGCAUCAAACUUGUUACAAGGUUGUUUUAACAAGUCUGAUACAGUCAUGAUAUAACAAGAAUGAUACAAGGUUGGUUGGUGACAGAACGUUGUAACAAUAUUGUAAUCAUCAUUGUAUCAUGCAGACUUGUUGCAACAACCUUGCAACAAGUACAAUAAUGCCAUCAAGCUUCUUGCAAGUUGUUAACAGUUUGUUCCAAACUUUUUGACAACUGGGGGGACAAAAACAGUGCGAAUACAACUUCUUAACGGUUUGUUAGAAGACUCGCUGCAAGAUGUGAGAUUUUUCCUUGUGUAAUUGGUGCAUAAUAUAUAUUUCAAAAUGGUCGUCCAUAAUCUCCUCGCGCUAAGAUUAAGGUUCCAAGAUGAUUUAAAUUGACGAUGUGGUACUGCCAAUUACAUUGAGAGGUUGCAUCUUUUUAUAUGUAGCUUAUAUAUAAGACCCGUAUCUUAUUGAUAUAUCUUAAUUAUCAAGUGUGGAGCAUGCCAAAGUCUGCAUGCGCCCAUUGGCUGCAGACUUGAAUAUAGCCAUUUGCAUCAUAAUGGCUUUCAGUUGGUAACUUUUGAAUUUAUGUGUGAAUUUACGUAACAUAAAAUGAAUGAACAGCAGAUCUAUAUCUGAUUUACAAGACGAGCCGAGAGCAAGGCGUAGUAUACAUGUAGGUAAAAUAACUAAAUAAGUAAAUGAGAUACACAUCGGAUGCAAAAACUUUGUAUCACAUAAAAUACAAGAAUAAAUUGAAGCUAAAAUAUAAAUCUUUGUUCUUCUAUAAGCUAAAAUUUAAAUCUUCACUGUUCUUCUAGCUAUGUAAAAUUUUGAACGGUCUGCGCUAGUGUAUGUCGAGACUAUACUAAACGGCUGUGGUGUGAAGGACAUACAACUCCAUGGAAAUAUUGACAAAACUUUGACAGUUCGAGCGGAGGGCGCUUCGUUGCUAGCUACCCAACGAAGAGCCUCGAAAUAUCGAAAUUCUUCUCAUCAGAUAAUUCAUGUCCAUCACGCAGUUAUCUUUUAUCCGUGCUGAUUUAUUUAUUCAGAAAUUUCUUCAGAAAGUUAUUAAAUGAGAAUUUUAAUGUCUUAUUUAGGCUUAGAAGUUGAAAAUGUCUCCGACAAUGCUGAUGAAUCGGAAGAAGACACAGGUAACCUAAAUCCAUUAUUGGGGGCUGUGGCACUGUUCAGCGUAAUUAAAAGAUAAUUGAAUGACGUUGAACGGUCAAUAGACAUUAUGAAUAAUGACGUCACAAGGCUUAAUGCCCGCGAGGAAUGCUAGUCUUAAUAGUCAUCGUCCGGGAAAAUUAAACAAUUCAAAAUGGCCACUAUCGAAAUUUUCCCUGUCGAAUUUUCCUCGCGGGCAUUAAGCCUUGUGACGUCAUUAUGCAUAAGGUCUAUUAAUAAUAAUAAUAAUAAUAAUAAUCCAUCCUGACUCACGGAUGCAUAAAUCAUAAUUAUUGAAAGAACCCAACGAAAGAGAAAGAGAAGACUCUGAGAAUCCCUUUUCCGAGUUUCAAAAUUCCUCCAACCAUGGUAACGGCUCGUGGAAUUUGGCCCCCUAAGGUUAUCAAGCUUCCUACAGUAUGUCCCAGAUUUCCAAAUUGUAUUACAAAUUGAAAUUGUUUUUUGCAGUGUUAUUAAUAAUGCUUUAAUAAUGUAUCCCUUUCUCAUUUGCUUACAUAGUUUCAAAAUUCCAUUGCCAAUACUUAUGGGAAUUUCUACAAAGUUUAUUGAGCUGUAAGAAAUUCAACAACAAAUACAUUGAAUGGAAAAACCACCCGGAAGGAAUCUUCAAGUUGAAUGACCACCAUUCAGUGGCGAGACUCUGGGGAAUACAGAAGAAAAGAAAAAAUAUGACUUAUGAUAAAUUGAGUAGAGCUCUCAGGUAUUAUUAUAGUAAAAAUAUCUUACAGAAAGUUGAUGGCGAGAGACUCACGUAUAAAUUUUGUAAAUCUGUAUAUGAAUACAAAAGUUAAGCUUAAUCUGGCCGAAUCUACUUGAUUUAAAAUUUCAAUAAUUCAUGAUUUAAAAUCUGGCAUUAAAUAACAAAGUUUUAUUUUUGUGGCCAGAUUAAUUCGUUAAGUAAAUUUUCUUAAUAUCAAAUCCACAAGCUGAAUUCUAUGUUUUUAUAAUGUAGGAUGUAAUCCUAUUUCAUUUUAAAAUAUUGUCAAAUGGCGUCUUUUCAGAUAUUCAUAACACUUGUGUCGAAGAGUAAAAAUUUAUACCAGGUUUGAUUUUCAGGGAAAAAAUGAAUCAAUUCUAUAAACCACUACGCGUUUAGGUUUUUGUUUUAAAUCUGUUCAAUAAGUUGUUAGUAGAGCAAAACGCAUCAUUAUUGAGGAUCAAACGCAUCAUUAUUUGGAAAUGAAAGUAAAUUGCUCGCAAACAUGGCCCUUUUGACACCAUAUCACGAAAACACGCUAUAGCCUUCAGACAAACAUGUAUAAAUUAAAGAUUCUUGUAAUUAAUUUAGAUUUAUACAGAACUUGAUUGAUGCACGAUCAAUAAUUACCCAGUACAAGCAGUAUACGUUUUUACCAUUUUUAUUCAUUUUGUACAUAAUUUGCGCUAUUAUUAAGAUA